GUGCUUGACUGCCAAUAACGUGUAAACACACAGCAACAAACAAACAACAACAAAAACGUCUGCUAGUAAGUGACAGACUGACCAAGACUGACAUCAUUCAAAUUUUCCGGAGCCGGCAAAUAACUAGUAUGGAGAAUAAAAGGGUGGUUCUCGUUACUGGAGGUACAGGCUUAGUAGGACAAGCCAUUAAAGACCUUGUGGAUAAUGAGCAAUCCCCUAACGAAACAUGGAUCUUUGUGGGGUCAAAGGAUGCAAAUUUGAGUGACAUUGGGCAAACAGAAACUCUUUUUGAAAAGCAUAAACCCACCCAUGUUAUCCAUUUAGCUGCUAUGGUUGGUGGCUUAUUCCACAACAUGUCACACAACUUAGACUUUUUGCGAACAAACAUGCAUAUCAAUGACAAUGUCCUCGAGACCAGUUUUAAAACUGGAGUUGUGAAGGUUGUUUCCUGUUUGUCCACUUGCAUAUUUCCAGACAAAACAACAUAUCCUAUAGAUGAAUCUAUGGUUCAUUUGGGUCCACCUCAUCCAUCUAACUUUGGGUACAGCUAUGCUAAAAGACUGAUUGACAUUAGCAACAAAGCUUAUUUUCAGCAACAUGGAUGCAUGUUUACCUCAGUUGUCCCAUGCAAUGUGUUUGGACCAUAUGAUAAUUUUAAUCUGGAAUCCAGUCAUGUCAUACCUGGUCUCAUAAGGAAGCUGCACCGAGCAAUGGAAUGUGGUGAAAAUCAAUUUACUGUCCUUGGCUCUGGGAAACCCCUAAGGCAGUUCAUUUACUCAAGAGACUUAGCCCGUCUCUUUGUCUGGGUACUGAGACAUUAUGACGAUGUAGAACCUAUCAUCUUAUCAGUUGAUGAGAAGGAUGAAGUCAGCAUCAGUAAUGCUGCAGAACAAAUAGCUGGAGCAUUUGGAUUCCAAGGACAGUUGGUUUAUGACACAACCAUGGCUGAUGGCCAGUUCAAAAAGACUGCAAGCAAUGCUAAACUACGCAAGUUGAACCCUAAUUUUACCUUCACUCCAUUUCCUCAGGCUAUUAAAGAAACAGUACAAUGGUUCAAAGAGAACUAUCAAAAUGCUAGGCUGUAGAAAAGAAUUGAAUUGCUUCACUCUAUUCUAUUAGCUAGACAAUCUAGUAUUUUCAGAAUAACUAUGUUGUGAUUUUGGAUUUUCUGUCUGCAUAAUUAUUAUUCAAGCAGGCUUGAUGAUGUUAAAAUUUACUCAAACAAAAGAUAUUAUAAAGAAACAGUAACUGUCUGAA